AUGCUUCCUUCGCGAGCGCAAGCUCCGCACCGCAUCAUCCUUUAUGAUAGCCGAACCCUCAAACCAAACCUCGCGAAGAUCGAGCCAGUAUUGUACGACGAGACCGACGGACUCGAUACGAUACAUCGCCACGACGCUGGGAGAAGCACCGCCAUCGGCAAAGGCAAACGCCGAACCCGCCUGGAAAUCCGACUUAAGAUUCAAAAGCGCGCUCCUCGACCUGACGAGACCCGGGAGCCCCCAAUCGCAGAACCGCUCAUCCAAGCCUCCAAUGGGGCUUGGUAUCGAUCUAAGUUUCUGAAGAUUCUACAUUCGAUCCUUCCGACACUGAAGGAUGUCUUCCUUCGCGCUGAAAACUUACAUCGCCUCGAGAGGACAUCCCGCAGCUACCGACCGAAGAUCCUCGAACCCGGUUAA